AUGUGUGAUGGAGACGUUACACUUGGCGAAUGUUCGCAAGAUAACUUUCAAGAAUCGCAAAGAUACCCGAAUUCCAUCAGGUUGUUUUUCUAUUGGACAGAUUUCGAUAAUAUUUGAUUUUUUACAGUUCUUUCUCGUACGUGGAUAAAGUUUUCGCUUUGAGAGCGACUGAGAAAGCAAAACAAGAGGAAAAGAAGUCUGAAGAGAACUUAUUGGGGUAUUGUUUGUAAAAAAAAAAUUUGCGUUCGCUAUAAUGGAAAUAAAAAACGCUUUAGCCAAUUUUUAUUCCUCCGUGAAGCUCCCACUGUUUUUAUGUUGGUUUUUCUGCCGUCAGAGAGUGGAAAAGGCAACGGAAUCGAUAGGGAUUGAAAAAGUAUCAAGUGUUUUAGGAAAAAAAUCCUGAUUUUUUUCAAAGACUAACGGAGAGUUUUUCUCACCAUUUAUUUUUCGUAAAUUAAGAAACAGGAACAAAUCUUUCACAUUCUUUGAGCCAAAAAAAUCAUAAAGAAAGUUAAAUCAAGUUUUUUUGCAGACUCGUCGCUGCAAUAUCCGGUCCGCUGACUGCAAAAAGACGCCAAUCAAAAGUUGUUGAUAUUACUGAACUGGAUAUGUUCGCCCACGAAUGCUACAAUUGUUACAUGGACGGCUUGUUUUCGUCUUCUGAAAUUCCUGGAGAGUUUUGCGGCGAAGAGGAUUUCAAAGCGGUGAUUCGCGAGCUGUUGCGAAUUCGUGUGGAGAAUGUCCUUGGAAUGGUUGGUUUCAGUCUGGUCAAAAACUAUGGUAGUUUGCAUAUGUUCUGUUCAAAAAUCCUACCAAUUUUAGAUUUUUCUUUUUUCUGUCGUAUACAAAUACUGUUUUAUGAAGUUCCAGGUCAACAAUAACCUCCAUGUCUCUGGUUCGAAGCUCCAAAAUUCAAUUAAAAUGCCGAAAAUCUUGGAGAAAAUCAUUUCGGCUUAUGGGGUCGUCAACGUUUGGAAUGGAUCCACAAUUUUGUAUCCUACUUUGAACAAUAAUCAAGUCCAAUGCAAAGACGAGCAGAAGGAGAAGUUCAAUAAAAUGAUGAAGGCUCUUGAAGAGAAAAAAGUUGUUAAGGUUCGUGGGAAAUUUCGAAAAAAAAACCAUUUCGGAUUUUUGGGCGCUGCCAACUUUUAAAGAAACUGAAGUCGUGUUGUUAUUUCGGCGAUUUUAGACGCGUUAUUCGUUAAAAACGAUUGUGGGAAAUGAGCAAAAUUGGAAUUUUGGGAAGACCAUGUGUCGCAAGAUAUGGAUUUUACUGUAACUUUCAUGCGCGAAACUCGAAACUUUGAUAUUAUUUGGGCAAUUUUCUACGAAAUUUUCAAAUUAGCGCGAAAAACUUACUGUAAUGCAUAUCUUGCGAUAUAUCGUUUGUUUUCUUCGCAUUUUUUUCGCACCUUCCCGUAAUUUCCAAUCUCGCGUAUUUCCCUCAAUCAUUCUUAACGAAUAACGCGUCAAUUUUGAAUUUGUCGUAAAACUUAUCAAUUUUUAAGCACUGUGUAAUAUUGGUAAAAGCAAGCGAUUUAAGGUUAAAAAAAUUUUUUUAUAUAUAAUUAAAUUAUGGAGAGUUAGAGAUAAUAUUGCAUUUCGCGGAACUUUUUUUCUGAAAAAAAAUUGAUGUUUUCACAGAUGUCAGUUAUGUCGCUGGAACCGACCGGGACGGCUGCCUGGUGCUUGCUCAACUGCGAACAUGAUCCAGGUCGUCGAAUCGCGAGCAAUGCUCCAGCUCGGCCGACGGCCGCCACCGACGACUUGUACGUCAGGAGCCACUUUCAUCGAAUUCGACCUCGAAGACGCCUUUCUUAGCGCCCUCAUUGGCCAUGCUCGCUGUGUUAAGAUCACUGAUGAGGUCUACGAGUGGCCUUGGGUCUGCGGGCCUUUUAUUGACCUUAUCUCCCUUCGUCGCAAAGCGGCUUUCAUUUAG